AGACUUUUUGAGUGGAGAAGGAAAGUGAUGAGUCAAGUGAAGUACCUCUAGUCACUCUCUGUGUAAAUUUCACUCUCAUCUCAUGGCACUUCUUCUCCGUCCAUCUCCGUCGUCGUCACUUCUUUAACUCCAUAACCACUUUCUUUAACUCAUAGCCACCAAUAUUUACAGAUGGGUUGCACGGCGUCAAAGCUAGAUAACGAAGACACAGUCCGUCGGUGUAAAGACCGACGUCGUUUAAUGAAAGAAGCCGUUUACGCUCGCCAUCACUUAGCCUCGGCUCACUCUGAUUACUGCCGUUCUCUUCGUAUCACCGGCUCGGCUCUCUCUUCCUUCGCCGCCGGUGAACCUCUCUCCGUUUCCGAUCACACCCCCGCCGUGCUCCUCCACACAUCCUCCAACACCACAACCACCCCUCCACCACCGCCACGUAUUCAUAUCCCAAAACCACCGCCACCGGCGUUUACUCCGAUGACGUCAUCACCGACGAUAGCAUCUUCAAAGCUCCCUCAUAUACUCUCUGCUUCUUCUGUUUCCUCUCAUAAUCACCGUCAACAGCCGUUACAGCAGAAAAAACCCGUUAAACUGCCGCAUAUUUUGUCUGGGUCAAGUUUGAAUUCGUAUAAUGAGGAUUACAAUUAUACGUAUGAUGCGAAGGCGAAUUCGAAUUAUUCGGGUACUCCUUCACAGGCUUCAUCUGUUUGGAACUGGGAAAAUUUCUAUCCUCCUUCUCCUCCUAGUUCUGAGUAUUUUGAACGUAUCAACAAGAAAAACAAUUCGGCAAAUGAUGAGGAUGAUGAUAAGGCAUCAUCUUAUUCACAAUACUCUCAGCAUCUUUAUCAUCAUGAGCAAUCAGUUCAUGGGAAAUCGAACAAGCAAUUCGAUUUUUUCGAUACUGAUAGUGUUAAAGAUGAGAUUUUGACAAAUGGGUCUGUCAAGAAUCAGAAAAAUGUUGGUGAAAACAAGCAGAACUAUGCAGCUCAUAACUGGGAAAGUGAAGCUGAGAGAGAAGAAGUACAGUGUAGUGAGUGGGAAGAUCAUGAUCAUGAUCAUUACAGUACUACUUCUUCGUCUGAUGAUGAUGAAGAGGAGCAAAAUGAUGAGAUAAGAUCUGGGUUUGGGCCAACCCGGGCGAAUUUCGGGUCUACUGCUUCAGUCAAGAAUGAAGAAGGUUCUAAUAUUAAUGUGAAUGCGAAGAGUUUUUCAGGGAAGAAAUCUGAUAAGAUGUCGUCGGAGGAUGGAGGGUCGUCGUCGAUGAGUUGGGGGAAUAAUGGAAAUGGGAAAGUGGAAAUGGUUUCUGAUACAAGUAUGGUGGUGAGGCAUAAGGAUUUAGCAGAGAUUGUUGCUGCCAUUAAGGAAUACUUUGAUAAAACUGCUUCUGCUGGUGAGCAGGUGUCUGAGAUGUUGGAAACAGGUCGAGCUCAGCUCGAUCGCAGCUUUAAGCAGUUGAGGAAAACUGUGUAUCAUUCAAGUGGAGUAUUUAGUACCAUAAGCUCCACCUGGUCUUCAAAACCUCCAUUGGCGGUCAAGUAUCGUUUUGAACCUAGUUCUAUUGAUGAAGGUGGUCAAAAGAGUCUUUGUUCCACCUUGGAGCGACUCUUGGCAUGGGAAAAGAAACUAUAUCAGGAAGUAAAGGCCAGGGAAGGGGUUAAAAUUGAGCAUGAAAAGAAGUUGGCAACAUUACAGAGCCAGGAAGGCAGAGGUGAUGACGGAGCCAAGUUGGACAAAACCAAGGCCUCAAUAAAUAGGUUGCAGUCACUGAUGGUGGUCACAUCGCAGGCUGUUUCCACUACGUCCUCUGCCAUUAUUGGUCUAAGAGACUCUGACCUUGUCCCACAGCUUGUUGAACUUUGUCAUGGAUUCAUGUACAUGUGGAAAUCCAUGAACCAGUUUCAUGAAGUUCAGAAUGACAUUGUGCAGCAGGUGCGCGGCCUCAUCAAUAGAGCAACUAAUGGUCAAUCGACAUCCGACCUACACCGGCAGGCAACACUUGACCUUGAGUCUGCUGUAUCUGCAUGGCACUCGAGUUUUUGUCGCCUGAUAAAAUUUCAAAGGGACUUUAUCCGCUCUCUUCAUGGUUGGUUCAAGCUCACCCUUGUAUCUGUCCAUGGUGAGCCAACUAAUGGCAACAGGGACUCUUCAGAUUCAUUUAUGUUUUGCGAUGAAUGGAAGCUAGCGCUUGACCGUAUUCCUGACACUGUUGCAUCAGAAGCUAUCAAAAGCUUCAUAAAUGUUGUCCAUUCGAUAUAUGUGAAACAAACGGAGGAGCUGAAGAUAAAAAAGCGGACUGAAUCUGCAUCGAAGGAGCUUGAGAAAAAGGCUUCAAGUGUUAGGAGCAUUGAAAGGAAGUAUUACAACUCUUAUUCCAUGGUUGGCAUUGGACUACCUGAGAUGGGACCUGAUAAUGGUAAUGUCUUGGAUACACGAGACCCUCUGGCUGAGAAAAAGGCUGAGCUUGCAGCUAGCCAACGGCGUGUAGAAGAUGAGAUGGUGAAGCACUCUAGAGCAGUGGAGGUAACCAGAGCGAUGACUCUGAACAACAUUCAGACGGGGUUGCCGGGUGUUUUCCAGGCUAUGACCAGCUUUUCUUCCUUGAUGACAGAGGCCCUUGAGGCUGUAUGCACCAGUUCUUAUUCUAUUAAGUAGGAAACAACUUACAGAUAAACUUAAUACUAUUACUUAUUUUCUUUUUUGGCUAUUUUUUCCUCGGUUCUGGGCAAGGAGAUGAAAGAGAAAGGGCUGGCAGUUUUGGUUAUAGGCUCCUGUCAGCUAGUUGGCUUUUUCCCCUGAUAUUUUGCUAUAUGUUGUAGAUAUGUGGAAUUUUGCAAUUUUGUUUAUCGUGGGAAGAGGAAUAUUUUCUGUAUAGCAAAUUAUUUGCAAUAUUGCAUUGAAAUCAACAAUUUCAGCAGAUGAAUAAAUGUAUUCCCUUCUGUUAAGUGGAAAAA